UAUAUAACACUCGCAAUGAUUGAUGGAUCAAAGUCUGUUCUGCGGCAGGCAAGCUCGCCGGCCUUCUCCUUCCCCCACCACCUCACCCAGCCUGUUUCUGCAGCACCCACCAGAAAUAGAUCACGAGCAGAACUCUUCUCCGAGCCUUCCCCUCUCGCACCCAGCAAGAUGUCGGCCCGUGAGUCCCUCGGCCUCGCCGGCCAUGUCGUCCGCGGCCGGUGGUUCAUGGCCUUCGCAUCCUUCCUUGUAAUGUCGACCGCCGGCGCCACCUACAUCUUCGCGAUCUACUCCAAGGACAUCAAGACCUCCCUCGGCUACAACCAGGAGACGCUCAACACCAUCUCCUUCUUCAAGGAUCUCGGCGCCAACGUCGGCAUCGUCUCCGGCCUCCUGGCCGAACUCGCCCCUCCCUGGGUCAUCCUCGCCAUGGGCGCCGCCAUGAACUUCUUCGGCUACCUCAUGAUCUAUCUCGCUAUCACUGGCCGCCUCGCCCACACCCAGGUGUGGCAGAUGUGCCUCUACAUAUGCGUCGGCGCCAACUCGGGUACAUUCGCCAACACCGCGGCGCUCGUCGCUGCCGUCAAAAACUUCCCCGAGAGCCGCGGCAUCGUGCUCGGCCUCCUCAAGGGCUUCGUCGGCCUCAGCGGCGCCAUCUUCACCCAGCUCUACCUCGCUUUCUACGGCACCGACUCCACGUCGCUCGUGCUGCUCAUCGCGUGGCUCCCCGCGGCCAUCUCCGUCCUGUUCCUCCCCACCGUCCGCAUCAUGAAGGUGGUGCGCCAGGCCAACGAGUUCAAGGUGUUCUGCUCCAUCCUCUACAUCUCCCUCGUCCUCGCCGCCUACCUCAUGGUGGUGAUCAUUGUCCAAAAGAGGGUUUCCUUCUCCCGCUCGGGGUACGGCGUCAGCGCCGCCGUCGUCCUCCUCAUCCUCUUCCUCCCCCUCGUCGUCGUCAUCAGAGAAGAGAUCAACGUCUACAACCAGAACAAGCAAAUGGUGCCCCAAACUCCUCCGCCGCCCUCUGUGACCAUCGACAAGGAGACGAUCUCCGAACAAGCACCGACCGAGGUCGACUCGAGCUUGCGUUCGAUUAGCUCUGACGAGAAGAAACCGGUACUGGCACGCAUCAUCGAGGCCGUGAAGCCUCCCAAGAGAGGAGAGGACUACUCCAUUCUCCAGGCGCUCCUGAGCCUCGACAUGCUCAUCAUCUUUUUCGCCACCAUCUGCGGCGUCGGCGGCACGCUGACGGCCAUCGACAACAUGGGCCAGAUCGGCGAGUCGUUGGGCUACCCCACCCGGAGCAUCAGCACCUUCGUCUCCCUCAUCAGCAUAUGGAACUACAUGGGCAGGGUGGCCGCCGGCUUCGCGUCCGAGAUCUUCCUCGUCCGGUACAAGUUCCCCCGCCCGCUGCUCUUCGCGCUUGUCAUGGCCCCCUCCUGCGUCGGCUACCUCCUCAUCGCCUUCGGCGUCCCCGGCUCGCUGUACAUCGCGUCCGUGAUCAUCGGCUUCUGCUUCGGGGCGCAGAUGCCGCUGCUCUUCGCCAUCAUCUCGGAGGUGUUCGGGCUCAAGUACUUCGCGACGCUGUACAACGUCGGCGGCCUCGCCAGCCCGGUGGCCUCCUACCUACUUAACGUGAGGGUGGCCGGCUAUCUGUACGACCGGGAGGCCGCGAAGCAGAACGCCGGCGUGAUCUCGUCCUCUUCGUCCAAGUCGUUGACGUGCAUGGGGGUACGGUGCUUCAGGCUCUCCUUCCUCAUCAUAACGGCGGUUACGGUGGUCGGAGUUCUUGCGAUGCUGAUCCUGGUGUGGCGAACCUGGGCGUUCUAUAGAGGAGACAUAUAUGCCAAGUUCAAGGAAGGUGGGGAAGGAGGCAGCAGUGAGGACAAGGCGAAGAAGAAAGAAGCUUGCGUGAGAAUGGCAAGGCAGAUGACAACAGAAGCGUCAGCUAUGCAAAGCAAAGCUUAGCUUGUCUCCUUCUGUCUCUUGUACUCAUCCAAGGUAAAUGGAGGACACCAGCUCUAAUAGAUUUGGAAGUCACCAUAACUCAUCAAUAUAGUGAGAAUGAUAAGAUUGUUCUUGUGGGACUAUUUUUCAAUGAACUAAUAAUACUUAAGUGGCAACAAAUUGAGUAUA